GCUCAAGCUCAACCACGCAUAUUAAUUGAUUAAUUGUGCAAUGGCACCAGAAAAGAAGGAGAAAAAGCGCAAGGCUACCGCGCCUACCGACCCUCCAGCCAAAAAGUCGAAAAAGGUCUCGGCAAGCGAGAAAUCCGCAGAUCUAGCCCCGAGCAAAUCGAUUUUGAAGGAAAAGUCUACUGUAUCUGAGAGCAAUGGGGUGGAAUUGUCUAGUAAUGGAGACUCAACACGCAAGGCCAAGCCGCGCAAACGUGCUAGUGACUUUUUAAGCGAUGACGAUGAAGGUGAGGAGAAGACUGUAGAGGUAGCAAAAAAGCAGGAGUCGGAAAAGGGUGCUAGCAAGAAAACCAAGAGCAAGGUCGACACUGUUGAUGUUGAUGUUGAGGUUGAGGGGUCUAGCGACGGAGAUGAGAUCGAUGAUCAGACUGCAGAACUCAUCAAGGGCUUCGAAAGCAGCGGCGACGAGGACGCGUCUGGGGAUGAAGGGUUAGAAGACGGACAACCCGUCCCACGAAUCCCAGACUCCAAGAAGACCAAAAGAAAGAUCCAGAAGAAACUCAAGAACAACGAGGAGCCUGAAGAACCGGGCACGGUUUACGUUGGACGCAUUCCGCACGGUUUCUACGAACAUCAAAUGCGAGCCUACUUUUCGCAAUUCGGCGACAUCACUCGUCUGCGUCUGUCCCGCAACCGCGUCACUGGCCGCUCCAAGCAUUACGCCUUUAUCGAGUUUGCCUCCGCGACCGUUGCCAAGAUCGUGGCGGAGACAAUGAACAAUUAUCUGAUGUACGGACACAUUCUCAAGUGCAAAUACGUUCCGCAAGAACAGCAGCAUGCAGAGCUAUGGAAAGGCGCCAAUCGUCGAUUCAAGCCGGUGCCGUGGAAUAAAAUCGACAAGCAGCAUCUGGAGCGCGGCAAGUCUCGGGAGAAAUGGACCAAGAAUAUUCAGCAGGAGGAAAAGCGUCGGCUGGCCAAGGCCGAGAAGAUGAAGGCGCUGGGAUAUGAGAUCGAGUUGCCGACAUUGACGAGUGUCGAUCAAGUACCCGUCCAGAAAGCGCUGGCAUCCACAACAGUUGAGUCUGAGCAGAAGACUAUCGAAAACACGCCAAAAGAAGCCAAGGAGAGAGAAACGAAAGAAAUCGAAGCUAAGACUGAGACAAAAGCGGAGGAGACAACUGAGAAGACAACCAAGUCAGCCAAAAAGGCCAACAAGACCAACAAGGCUGCAAAAGCCAAAAAGGCCAAAGCCUAGGUAUCAUAAUAACGAUUUCUUCUGUUCAUGUACGUAUCAUACUGCAUUAAAAGCUGAGCCUGUUG